GCUAUACUAUACUAUACCCUCUUUCAUUUUUCUUCAUUCCUCUCUCUCUCCAUACUCCACUGUCUUCAAUUCCUCAACCGAUAAGGAUGAAGUUAUUAGAGUUUUUUUUAUUAAUAUUUUCCAUCUUUCUUGAUUUUCCGAUCGUCACAUCAAACGCCGGCGCCGGCGCCGAUGACCACCGUGAUUUCACGUAUUUUAAAUCGACCCCCGCCGGCUUCACCAAGCCGCAAGCCGCCGCCGCCGCCGAGAACAUAAAAAAUCAGUCUUUAUCACUGAAGUUGAGCGGGUCAUUGCCGGCCGGGUCGAGCUGUGGGGUUUGGACCCGGAAAUGCUCCGACGAGCUCCUGAGGGUCGCCGGAGAAAGGGAGAACGUGGAGUGGAUAACGGCGGUGAGGAGGAAGAUCCACCGGAACCCUGAGCUGGCUUUCGAGGAGUUCGAGACUAGCCGGCUUAUCCGGGAUGAGCUGGACAAGAUGGGGGUCCCAUACGAGUUCCCUUUAGCCGUCACCGGAAUCCGAGCCACCGUCGGCACCGGCGGCCCACCUUUCGUCGCUCUCCGGGCAGACAUGGAUGCUCUUCCCAUCCAGGAAGCUGUAGAGUGGGAGCACAAGAGUAGGGUUGCAGGGAAGAUGCACGCUUGCGGUCACGACGCUCAUGUCGCCAUGCUCCUCGGGGCCGCUAAGAUCCUUAAAAUCCGAGAAAACUAUCUCAAGGGUACAGUGGUACUGAUUUUCCAGCCAGCAGAAGAGGCUGGGAAUGGAGCAAAAAGGAUGAUCAAAGAUGGAGCUCUUGACAAAGUGGAGGCCAUUUUUGCAGUGCAUGUCUCUCAUCAGCACCCCACCGGUGUGAUUGGAUCAAGACCGGGAGCGUUACUGGCUGGCUGUGGCUUUUUUCGGGCUGUGAUCACCGGGGGUAAAAAAGGCCUGGCCAGUGUUGACCCUGUGGUUGCUGCCUCUGCUGCUGUUAUCAGCUUGCAAGGCAUUGUUUCGCGCGAAGCCAACCCGCUAGAUGCUCAGGUGGUCUCAGUGACUUCAGUUGAUACUGGGGAUUCUCUCCAUACCAUACCAGAGACUGUUGUUCUUUGUGGCACUUUCAGGGCUUUCUCCAACUCCAAUUUCUAUCAGCUUCUGAAAAGAAUAAGAGAGGUCUUUACAGAACAAGCAAGAGUGUUCAGAUGUUCAGCGACAGUGGAGUUCUUCGAGGACAAGGACACAAUUUAUCCUCCAACAGUGAAUGAAGAGAGGAUGUAUGAACACGUGAAGAAGGUCGCUGUGGAUUUGGUCGGUCCAACAAAUUUCAGAGUGGUUCCACCGAUGAUGGGUGCAGAAGAUUUCUCGUUCUACUCUGAAGUCAUACCUGCAGCCUUCUACUACAUUGGGAUAAUGAAUGAGACCUUGGGAUCAGUGCACACCGGCCACUCACCUCGUUUCAUGAUCGACGAAGAUGUCCUCCACGUAGGUGCAGCAACUCAUGCUGCCAUUGCUGAAAGAUACCUGUACGAGCAUGGGACAUGAAUGAAGAACAUAAAUAAUCCUCAGACUAUUAGGUGGCCAUGUUCUAAUGAAUUUGCAUUGUCAAGAACCAAAUUACAAUGUUGCAGAGCUAUAUGUACAAUUUGUAAACAUUUGACUCAACAAUUUGUACUUUACAAGGUA